GGCGCCGGCAGUGGGGUGGGCACAGCAGGGGCACACCCAGGAGGCCAGGGCCGAGGGCCACAGCCGGGUGCAGGGCCCUCCAGGGAGAGCUGAGAGGAAAUCAGAGGAGGGAGGCGACAGGAGGCCACUCAGGGGUAACUCGGCAGGAUCCUGGGCUGGGAGGGGGCUUGGGGGGCCCCGGGGGGUAGACCCUCCACAGGCAGGGGGAGUCUGACCACACGGUGAUGGAUUUCAGAAGUUUGAGAUUGGGGGACCAUGAUAGGAGAACCCGGUUUGCAGCCCCGGAGAGCCCCCGGGGGCAGACAUCUGUCUCCAGGACCCCAGGGAAGCAUCGGUGACCCUGUCACCCCAAGCCCUCUCACGCCCAGAUGCUCCACAGGCCCCGAGGGUCCUUGCCCUAGCCGGCACCACAAUUACACCCAGCAGAAGGGCCCUGCCCGGGCCGGGGUCUGGAGGGCGCCCCCGCCCUCCCCCAGCUCUGCCCGCCUCAUGGCGCACCGAAUCCCCAGGGCCUCCCAACACCGGUGUCCGGGAAUUGGGCCCCUGGGGCUUCCCGGCCGCUGCCAGGCCCUGCUCUGGCCCAGCCAGGAGGGAGGGCUGCCCUCGCCAUCCUCCCACAGCCCCUCCCUUGGGUCCUGCCCUGUCCUCUCGUGCCCUUGCUGCUGGGCAGGACGAAGGCCCCAGCACCCGGCCACGUCCUAAAGGGAGGUCCUAGGUCCCUGCAAGUUGCCAGUCCCCCCCAGCAGCCCCACCGGGAGAGUGGGGAGACUGUGCUGCGGGUGGUCCCGUGGAGCAGAGCAAGGGCACCGCCCCCCGGUGCCCCUGGACAGGCCCCCCGUGAACACCGGCCCGGCCCCCGCAGAGCUCCCAGGGUGUCAUCCCACUCUACAGGCACAGACCCCAGGCAGCGUCGGGCGACAGCCCUCGGGCAGUCCUCUCGGGGCCCUUGGCUGCGGCGGGGGCGUGCAGCCCCCACUAAGCCCAUGAGCUCAGGGCGGCUGCCACCCCCCAGUGUCUCUGGAUGGCUGUUUUGCAGAGGCUGGAGGACACCGUCUUGAGCCCCAUGGCCAGCAGGGAGGAUCGGGCGCUGACCGUUCGCGGGGGAGGCUGCCGGGCUUCGCCUACUCCUGUGCCCGCCCGAAUCCGCGAGAUCGUGGCCGGCAGCCUGGGGGACGAGCCACACCAAGCAGGGGUGCGGGAGCCGCUGGGCACCUCGGCCCGCCUGCAGGAGGAGAACGAGCUCCUGCAGCAGGAGCUGUGCCGGCUGGAGAGCCUGCUGGCCCAGGCGGGCGCUGAGCACGACGAGCUGGCCAGCAGGUGCCACACGGCCAGCGAGCGGCUGCAGGCCCGUCUGGAGACCACCGAGGCCCGGUUGCGGAGGUCGGAGCUGGAGCACAGCGUGGACCUGGAGGAGGCCCUGGGCCGUUUGGAGGCGGCCGAGCAGAGGAGCUCUGGACUGGCGCAGGUGAACAGCCUGCUGCGGCAACAGCUGGAGCACCUGAGGAGGGCCAACGACGGGCUGGCCGAGGAGCUGGCCAGGACGGCCGACGGCGUGCUCCACCUCCGGAGCCAGCUGGAGCUGAGGGAGGCGCAGCGCGGGACCGGGACACAGAGCCAGCGUCCCCGUGACGGGGGGGCCCAGGACCUCCUCCUUCUGUGGAGACGGGCGACCGCGCUCCGGGCACAGCUGGCCGAACUGCGCGCAGCCACGGACAGGGGGCUCGCGGACAUGCGAGCGGAGGCGGCCAGGACGGCCCGGCGCCUGCGCACAGCCUGCCUCAGCCUCGACUGCCACCUGCGGCUGUCGGCCCGCGGCGAGCCCGGCGCCCCGGAGCAGCAGGCCCUGCAGGCUUCGCGGCUGGAGCGGCAGCUCCGGGACAAGGUGCGGGAGAUGCUCCAGCUGCAGGGCCGCUGGGACGCCGAGAAGGUGGCGCUUCGGGCCAGGCUCUCGGAGCAGACGCUGCUGGUGGAGAAGCUCACGGAGCAGAGCUCCAAGCACGAGAGCACCAUCGCUUCCCUCAGGGCGGACCUCCAGGCCCGGGAGUCCCCGCGCGGUGGAGACCAGAGGGCGGCGGGCGUCCUGGAGGAGGAAGCUGCGUCCCUGCGGCGCGUGUUGAGGAGAAUCGCAGAGGUGGCCCAGGCAGACGCGGAGGGCCCACUGCUGGCGACGAGCGGCAGCGCCGAGGCCGAGGAGGCCGGGGGCCAGCUGAGGAGGCCCGCGUGCUCUGCGUCCCCACCCCCGGCGCGCUCCCCAGACACCCCGGACACCCCGGAGGUGGCCCUGCAGGCCGUGCAGGCGGCCAUCGAGCGGCGGCGGCGGCGGGAGCAGGUGGGCGGCCGGCCCAGGACGGGAGGCAAAGCUGGCGGGUCCCGGGGCUGCGGGAGGAGUGGGGUCCCGUCCAAGGCCCGCCCAGGCCGGAGGGGCUCACGCCACUGCCCCCCUCGCCGCUCCCCCCGCCAGGAGCUGUGCCUGCAGCUGGAGUCGGCGGAGGCGCGGGCCGCCCGGCUCCGGGAGCAGCAGUCCGGGGACCGGCAGGAGCUGCAGGCGGCGCGGAGGCUCCUGCACGAGCUGCAGGCGCAGGCCCGGGAGGCACAGCAGCGCCCCGCGUGUGGCGAGCUCCUGCGGAGGACGCAGCCCCCCAAAGCCCUGGCUGAGCAUGUGCCCUGCCCCCGGCCCCCGACUCCCGGGACUCCUCCCAGGGCUCCCACCAUCCUUCAGGAACGGCCCCGAAGUCCCCCAAACACCCUUCUGGCCACAUCCACGGGGCGGCCUGAGAGCACUCCCGGGGCUACGGAUCCCGUGGCAAGCGGCCAGGAGGCUUUCUGGAUGCUUCCUGCACAUGCUGCUGCCCCAGGGCCGGUGGCGAGAGAAAAGGGCCCUGGAGCCGGCGGUGGAGGAGAUGAGGAGGAAGGAGGCCCCGUCCAGGCGGAGAAUGCGGAGCUGCAGGGGGGCGGCCUGCUGUGGGCGCAGCAGAGGGGAGGGCUGCAGGCCAGUCGGGGGCGCCUGGAGCAGCUGGAGGAGAAGAUCUCGGGGCUCAGGAGGGAGCUGGUGUCCGCCCAGGAGGCGCUGCACUUGGCCCAGCUGCAGAGGGACGUUGUGGAGAGCGAGAGGGAGGGUCUGCGCAGGGCCCUGGCCCGGGCCGAGUCCAGCAACACUGACCUGGAACUGCUUGUGACCCGGCUGAAGUCAGAGGGAGUGGAGCAGAGGGACUCCCUGGCCAGGAUGGCUGCGCUGACGGAGGGGCUGGCUGAGGACAGAAGCCACCUGAGCCACCUGGUCCUGCAGCUGGAGCAGGAGCGGGACCAGCUGCGGGAGCAGCAGAAGGCGCUGGAGCAGGAGCAGGCGGGCGCGCGGGAGCGGCUGGCGCGGGCAGAGCAGCAGCUGGAGCAGGUGCAGGGGCAGGCGGCCCGCCUCCAGCAGCAGAGGGCCCAGCUGGAGCAGCAGGUGGGCCAGGUCACAGGCAAGAAACAGGCACUGGAGGAGCAGCUGGCCCAGAGCCUGCGGGACCAGGAGGCCCAGAUGGACACUCUGCAGAGGGCCCUGCAGGAGAAGGAGGCUUUGUCUGAGGAGCGGACCCAGCUGCUGGCCAAACAGGCGGCCCUGGAGAGGCAGGUCCAGCUCACAGCUGCGGAGGCAGCUGACCUCAGGGCCGAGAGGGACUCUCUGGAGAGCACCCUGCUUGACACCCAGCGGCUGUCGGGGCAGCUCCAGGCGGAGCGCGAGCAGCUGGAGGGCGAGACCCAGAGCCUGCGGCUGGCUCGGCAGACGCUGCAAGUGGAAAUGCAGCAGCUGAAAAGUGCCUGGGAGGUCCAGGAGACGAAGCUCCAGUGGGACGUGGGGCGGCUUCAGCGGCUAGUGGCCCAGCAGGAGCGGGAGGCGCAGCUGGCGCUGGAGAGCCAGGCACUGGCCCACCACGAGGACCUGGCGCGGCUCCAGAGGGACAAGGAGACGCUGAGUCUGUCUCUGACAGAGGAGAAGGAAGUGGCAGCUCGCCGGUUGGAAGAGGAGAAGAAGCUGGUAGCAAAGAAUGCAGCCAAGAGGGAGGCUCUGAAGGAGGAAAUUCAGACCCUGAAGCAUGAGAGGGAUGAGAGUCUCCUCCAGCUGGAACACGAGAUGCAGCAGGCCCUGUCGCUGAAAGAAGCAGAGAGGAGGCUGCUGGAGGAGGAGCUCUCCCGGGCCUUGCAGGAGCUGGAACAGGUGCGGCAGGAGGCCCAGAGCCGGCACGAGCGAGCCGAGGCCGCCAUGGGCGCCACGGACGCGGAGCUGAAAGCCCUGCAGGCCCAGUUUGAGGACGCGGUCGCCGCGCACCAGAGGGAGGCCGCGGCUCUGAGCGACAGUCUCCGGGAGGUGGCUGCAGAGCGAAGCGACACCAGGAGAGAAGCCGAGCGGCUGCAGGCCCAGCUGGACGAGGCCCGGGAGGCGCUGGCCGUGCUGCGCCGGGAGCUGCAGGGCCGCGAGGAGAGCGGCGAGGGGCUCCGCAGGGAGGCCCUGGAGGCCCGGCGGGCGCUGGGGGACGAGGCCCGUGAGAAGGACGUGCUGCGGCGCUCCAACGCUGAGCUGCGGGCCGCCAUCCGCAGGGCUGAGCAGGACCGGGCCAGCUUCCAGAGGGCCAAGGAAGAAGGGGAGCAGAAGCUGCUGGUGCUGGAGGAGGCCCGGGCCGCGGCGCAGAAGGAGGCCUGGGAGCUGCGGGCCAGUCUGAGGGAGGUGGAGCGGGCCGAGGCCGACGCCCGCCGGGGGCUCCAGGAGCUGGGCAGGCAGGUCAACAUGCUGGAGGCUGAGAACCGGAGGAAGAGCCAAGAGGUGAGCCAGCUGCAGGCCCGGGGCGCCCAGGAUGCCGAGCGGCAGCAGCAGAGCCAGCGGGAGGCGACCCACGAGGGCGCCCCGGGGGGGGAGGUCCUGAGGCUGCGGCAGGAGCUGGCGGAGGUGGAGGCCGGCGCCGAGGCCCAGAAGCAGCAGCUGGAGGAGCGUCUGCGCCAGAGCCGCGGGGCCGAGCGGAGCCUGCGGGCUGAGCUGCGCUCGGUGUCCGGGAGGCUGCGGCAGGCCAGCGGCGCGGCGGAGGGUCUGCAGGCUCGCCUGGACGAGGCCUGCGGCCGGCUGGCAGGCCUGGAGCAGGAGCUGGCCCGGGCGGAGGCUGCCCGGCGCGACUCGGAGGGCCAGCUGCGCCGGCUCUGGUCCACGCUCCGCUGCGGCCUGGGGCUCCAGGGACACGGCCCCCCAGGCUCCCCCAAGCCGCCCGGCCUCCCGGGGAAAGGCUCAGACAGCAGCCCGGGCCGCUCCCCGCGGCACAGGGCCAGCUCCCCCAGCCGGGCCGGCUCACCUCCCCGAGGGCCCUCGCCUGCACCCGGGGACCACAGCUCGGCGGUGGACGUGGCCUCUGUGCGAGACGCCCUGAGGGACUUUGUGCAGAGGCUGCGGGAUGCCCAGAGGGAGCGGGAUGACUGGCACCUCCAGGUGCUGAGCCUGAGCCGCCAGCUGAGAGAGGCUGAGAGCGCGCGUGCCCAGGCCCAGAGCCACGCGGGGCAGCUGCAGACGGCGCUGGCAGAAGCGGAGGAAGCCUGGCGCCAGGCGGAGGGUGAGACGCGCACUGCCCAGGCGGCCCGCGCCCUGCAGGAGGAGGUGCUGCACAGGCUGGACGCGGAGCACCUGGCGAGCAGGCGGGCGGCAGGCCGGGAGAGGCGGAGGUUCCAGGAGCAACUGGACGCGCUGCACAGGGCGCUGGGUGAGAGCCGGAGGCACAGCCAGGGCCGGGCCCGGCGCGGGAAGGGGCCGCAGGAGCAGGUGGCCCUGCUGGAGGGCGCGCCGGAGCCUUCGCGGCAGGUGGCCGGUCUGAAGAAGCAGCUGGACCAGGAGGUGCCUCGGCGGCCGCAGGCUCAGCCCAGCCAGGCCUCCCGGGCCAAAAAGUGAGCCCCGCUGCAGCCACCCCGCGCCCCGCCCCGGGCGGCCUGCCCACCCAGCGUCCCCAGCCAGGGCGUCCGGCUCCCCCCCAGGGGCCCCGUGUCCACGGUGCCCUGCGGUUCCACGGGGGCUGCUGGGGGCCCGGACACCUCGCCCUGGCCCGGCUGCUGGGGACACUGGCGUGCGGCGCCCCAGAGCCGGUGGCCAGGCCCCAGCAGGCCGGCUUCCGUGGCCACGGGCUGCAUUCCAUGCCCUCAGCUCUAUAAACAUGGGGAAGCACGUGGAAAGUAUUUCCACCAACUGGAGCCAAAAACACAAUGUCCUGCGAGGCGCAGCCGCCGCUCCCCUGCGCCCAGAGGCCGCGGACCCUCGUAUCCAGGAACUGCAGGCCCGUCCCGGCGGCAGGUGGCUGGAAAUGACUCAGAAGCGAGUCUCCGUGACUCACUGGCCACGGGAAGCGCCGCCUGCGAACCCGAGCUGCUACCGAACUCCCACGUUUCCAGCCUCGAACUCUGGGAAAGUCCUGGUGGCCGUGGAGCCCGGGCAGCCCUCUUGGCCCCUGUGCGGGCAUCACCUGCCGUGGUGUCCCUCCUUCCCCAUCAGCACGGGGCGCGGUGACUUGUUUCCGCCCCAAAUGGCCUCUCUUGUUUUGCAAGUGGCACGUUUAGGGUCCGUGGGGCGCCGGGCGGCCCGUGGCUUCCCGUGUGCGUGGGGCUGGCUGCCCUGGGAGCCCCCGGAGCCCCCGGAGCCCAGCUGGGAGCAGGCCCGACCGUGCCAUCGCCGUCCCCUGCCCCCGGACGCACCCAGGCCGUCGGAGCUGCUUUCUGCUCCAAUGCAGCGACCGAGGGGCCGCGGGCUGCGAGUGGAGGGUCGCGGCGCCCCAAGGAGGCGGCCACAGGCUUCCUUGUGCCUCUCAGCUCUGCCCACCACUGGCGGCUGGGUUGAGGAUUCUGAGUCCAGCUCGGGCUCCAAGGGGAGGAGCAGGUGACCCACUAACAGUGGCUGCUGCGGCCAAGGGGGUGUCGGUGGCGUCUGCCUCAGGGCGUGCACCUGUCAGUGGGGACAGCAGGGCACCCGGGAGCACUCACCCCCCCCCCCCAGCAGAAGGCCCUGGGGCGGCGGCGGCGCGGGAAGGGACGGGAGCCGGAGGCGGGGGUCCGUGUGGGCGCCCUCCCCUCCGCGUGCCCACGGCACCCGCUGCUGCCUCACCUGUCACAUCUCUGGGCCCGGAGCUCCCAGCCCGAGGAGCCACCUGAUAAGUGCUCGUGGCUGAAAGGGGUCCGGCUCGUCGGUGUUAGAAUGAAAGGCCCCAGAGCCUGAGCCACACACUCCCGGGCGGUGGGGGUGUCCCCGCCCCACGUGCAUGCCUCAGACCUCCGGGUCUGUGCGUUUUAAUAAAUAGUUCAACCCACGUCGGA